AGAGCGCGGCCGCGGACGAAGAUGGCGACCGCCAUGUACUUGGAGCACUACCUGGACAGUAUCGAGAACCUACCCUGUGAGCUUCAGAGGAACUUCCAGCUGAUGCGAGAGCUGGACCAGAGGACAGAAGACAAGAAAGCUGAGAUAGACAUCCUGGCUGCAGAGUAUAUCUCCACGGUGAAGACUCUGUCUCCGGGUCAGCGUGUGGAGCACCUGCAGAGGAUCCAGAGCGCCUACAGCAAGUGCAGGGAGUACAGCGACGACAAGGUGCAGCUGGCCAUGCAGACCUACGAGAUGGUGGAUAAGCACAUCCGGAGGCUUGAUGCGGACCUGGCUCGCUUCGAGGCGGACCUGAAGGACAAGAUGGAGGGCAGCGACUUCGAAAGCUCUGGAGGACGGGGGCUAAAAAAAGGUCGAGGUCAGAAGGAAAAGAGGGGCUCCCGGGGUCGUGGCAGGAGGACCUCCGAAGAAGACACCCCAAAGAGGAAGAAGCAUAAGGGAGGGUCCGAGUUCACCGAUACCAUCCUGUCGGUGCAUCCCUCUGAUGUGCUGGACAUGCCCGUGGACCCGAACGAGCCCACCUACUGCCUGUGCCACCAGGUGUCCUACGGGGAGAUGAUCGGCUGUGACAACCCGGACUGCCCCAUCGAGUGGUUUCACUUCGCCUGUGUGGACCUGACCACGAAGCCCAAAGGAAAAUGGUUCUGUCCACGGUGUGUUCAGGAAAGGAGGAAGAAGAAAUAAGGAAGAGGCAGACGCCCGGGGACCCGAAGAGCACGUUAAUACAUCCCUUCAUUCACGUCGCAAUAUUUUAUCUUCAUUUUAAAACAACCUUGUUUCCAAUGAUAUUUAAUAACUCAA